GUAGUUCAGUUGGAAGAUAGAUUCAUUGACGAAGCUUCACACCAGGUAACAAAAUGAGCGAGAACGAGCUUUCCGACGCCGUUACCCGAGUCCUUCUGGAGCUCUACCAACGCCAUGGCACACCUAUGGUCUCGCAACCGAUGGCCGGAGUUGGGGAGAAUGCCUACGGACAGGUUCUCCGAGUGAGUUGGCCCACGAUCGCGGACGCAGCCACCGUGGUGGUCAAAAUGGCGCCUAGGAACGAGGCCCGAAGAUCCCACAUGCAUGUCGUGGAGUACUAUAUUCGCGAGGUUUUUAUGUACCAGGAGGUAUUCCCCGUUUUUCGGGAGCUAUCACAAGAUCAGAACACGUUCACCGUGCCGCCGGCCCUACAGGCCUAUUGCUUAAAAGCUCCCGAUGAGUUCUUGAUAUUCGAGGACCUAUCUGAAAGCGGAUUUCUUCCCAAUUCGCGCAGUAUUAUGCCUACCUACGACAUCGUGAUCUGCUCCCUGAAAGCUUUAGCGGAGCUACAUGCGUGCUCAUUCAUUUUGCAGCGGACCGAUUCCGUACAGUUUAAGAAGCUAGUGGAGUUCGUGAAGAAGGAUAACCUCUUUACACCCGAAAUUGAGGAAGUCACUAUUGAGUUUGGAAAGGUACAGUUGCGAAGGGCGAGAAACAUCCUGAGUGAAUCCGACGGAGACCAAGUGGCUGCGGUCCAGGAAGUCCUGCAAUUGUGCGAACAGCAGUUAAAAUCCUUGGCUCUUUAUUGUGUGGACGGAAACGCACAGGCACCACAUGCUGUUAUCUGUCAUGGUGACUUCUGGAAUAAUAAUAUUCUCUAUAGGCACGAGCCUAAUUCUGAUCAACCUGUGGAGGCCAAGCUCAUCGACUUUCAAAUGUCACGGUAUGCACCGCCCGUUCUCGACAUAGUCCAUUACCUAUUUGCCUGCACGGAGAAAGAAUUGCGGGACGAGCACUUCCCCGCCUUUAUGGAUGCUUACUACAACACGCUGCACCUGAAAUUGGCAUCGUGUAAUCUUUCGCUCGAGGACAUAUAUCCACGCAGUGUCUUCAAUCGGCAAUUGCAGCUUUUCGGUGUUUACGGUUUGAUAAUGGGCGCGUUUUCGCUACCCUUUUUUAUUUCCAACGCCAACGAAGUAAUUGAUAUCGAUACUGUGUCCGAGGCCAUCCAGAAUCUUUCGACAUCUUCUGAUGAACCCAAGUAUAAGGAGCUAAUUGAAGAAUACGAAAUGCUCAAUGCCCGGACUUUACCAAUUUUCAAGCGGCGAAUUACUGGCAUCGUUGAGGAUCUUAUAAAAUAUAACAUGACAGAGCCACUAUUUAAAAUGAACUCCGAGCAAAGUUCUAAAGUAUUAUAAAUAAUAAAAUAAAUAAAUCAUUUUCCAUAGAAGUUAAGCGUGUAAAUAAGGUGACUUUUAAGCGAGGCAAAACAGAAGCUUUUGCCAGUAUACAUAUGUGGUUCUUUCAUAUUUAUUCGGGGAUUCUACGAAUUCACAACUUAAAUUAAAAUCCGUAUAACAAAUAAUGUUACCUAAAUGUCUGCAACUGGGUUUGAGUAACUAAGGUUUAAACUGAAUCUGUACAAUUAGUAAGUAUAGUGAUGAUAAUGCAUUUCCU